AUAUUCUUAUUCCAUUCCUUUACUUAGAUUUGUGUGUAUAAGGUAGUUGUUGGGGAAUUUUUAGAUUACAUGUUAGAUAUUACUGCAUCGUCGGAACUAGAAACACAAGCAUUUCGCUACACCUGCAAUAACAUCUGCUAACCAUGUGUAUGUGACCAAUACAAUUUGAUUUGAUGAUACACAGUAGGAAGCCCAAUCAGGUACGCAAAACGGUCUUGAGUGGCAACAAAUCUGCCCAAUCAGAUUAUUCGCUUUCUAUACACCCACCCUUUCGACACACCCACUCGACACACCGGUCGCCAUAUUGGGCUGCAGCUAACCAGAGUUGAAGGACAAUUGCCGCGUUCAGCACCCCUGGGAACUCGGAAAUCUCAUUUCCGAUUUCAAAGCGUUCAAAACAACUGGAUACUCGGGGGAAGAGAAAAAAGAAAAACGAGCUCCAAAACUGGGAAAAAAAUAGUUUGAAAGAUCAUCCAAAUUGGGAUUUCAAGUCGGAAACUCGGGCAUCUUCCUAGAGCUCCGUCCUAAAGAUCACUGGCGUCAUGAUUUGACCUCAUUCCCCCCCCCGAGAUCCCAGUUGUCUUGAACGCAGAACAUUUUCAGCGGCGUCAUUAUCUCGUGCCGUGACGUCAUCAGAGGAACCCCUCCCCGUGUGAUGCCGCAUUCAAGACAACUUGGGAACUUUGAACUCGGAAAUCCCCAACAUUCGGAUUUCAUGGCAACUGAGAAACUCGAGUUACGACUGUGAAAAGUAGUUGAGUGACAUUUUUUUUUAACGGUCAUCCAACUCGGAAACUCUGGCAUUCCUUGAACUCCAACUUUCCUACUUAAAAGAUCACUGAAGUCACGAUAUUACCUCGGUUUUUUUUUUCUUCCCCCCCGAGAACUCAGUAGUCUUGAACGCACCGUGACUAUUAUCGGAAAGUCGGGGAUUGUGAGUGUGCACUCUGGUGUCUUGAGUUUUUGUGUGUUUUUUUUUUUAAAUUUAUCAAGUCAGUUUGUGUUUUAAUCGUACGCCGCAAGGUGUUGAAAUAUACUUUCGCACUUAGUGCCAUAGUUGUUUAUUAAUAACCUACACCAUUUGAAACGGCUUGAAAUCUGUUUGAAUCUACCUGGAAUAGGCGGACGGACCACCGAGAUGGGUUUAAGCUAACGUUAGCCAAGCCUAAAGCAGCUAACUAACCGGCCUAAUUUAUUUAGCCACUUCAACCUGGACUACUAUAACGUUAUCGUGAACAUUUUUGUUUUUUUUAUCGGACUUAUUUUCAAAACUCACUGUCCUUUUUUGUUGAGGAUCCAAACUUCACUUUCGGAGACCAACUACCUACCUGUAACCCAGGAAGGAGAGACCGACCGACAGAGAGAGAGAGAAGGAAAGUUCUGUCCCAGUAUGUUGUCCAACACCGGGACCCAGCCUCUGUUUCCCCCGGCUCAGGGCCCAGCUAACCCGGUGGGUCAACCUAACCCAGUCCCUUCGGGUCACCUCUCACAGUUCCAUGUGAAACCGACCCUACAGAUCAAGAAAAACGCAAUAACGGACGAGUAUAAAGUGACCAGUCAAGUACUGGGACACGGUAUCAAUGGAAGGGUGCUGGAGAUCUUUCACAAGAAGAGCGGAGAUAAAUACGCCCUCAAGAUGCUGCAGGACUGUGCGAAGGCUCGGAGGGAGGUGGAUCUUCACGGUAGGGCGUCGCCCUGUUCCACCAUCGUGCGCAUCGUGGACGUCUUUGAAAACCUCUACCAGGGCAGGAAGUGUCUGCUCAUAGUCAUGGAGUGCAUGGAUGGGGGAGAGCUGUUCAGUCGUAUCCAGGACAGAGGAGACCAGGCCUUCACAGAGAGAGAGGCCUCUGAUAUCAUGAAGAGUAUAGGAGAGGCCAUUCAGUUCCUUCAUGCCAUCAACAUCGCUCACAGAGAUGUCAAGCCAGAGAACCUACUGUAUUUAUCUAAGAGGCCUAAUGCGCUGCUGAAACUGACAGACUUUGGUUUUGCUAAAGAGACGACCUCACACAACUCCCUGGUCACCCCCUGCUACACACCAUACUAUGUUGCUCCAGAGGUGUUGGGACCAGAGAAGUAUGACAAGUCAUGUGACAUGUGGUCGCUAGGCGUCAUCAUGUACAUCCUGUUAUGUGGUUAUCCUCCGUUCUACUCUAACCACGGUCUGGCCAUCUCUCCUGGGAUGAAGAAGAGAAUCAGGAUGGGACAAUAUGAGUUUCCAAACCCAGAGUGGUCCGACGUAUCGGAGGAGGCCAAGCAGCUGAUCAGGACCCUGCUGAAGACCGAGCCCACACAGAGAAUGACCAUCACAGAGUUCAUGAACCAUCCAUGGAUCAACCAGUCGAUGGAGGUUCCCCAGAUUCCUCUCCACACCAGGCGCGUUCUGAUCGAGGAGAGAGAUGCCUGGGAGGACCUCAGGGAGGAGAUGAAUAGCGCCUUAGCGACCAUGAGAGUGGACUAUGAGCAAGUCAAAAUCAAGACCAUGGAGGAGUCCUCCAAUCCCCUUCUGAUGAAGAGGAGGAAGAAGAUACAGUCCUCAGCCAAUCCCACAGUCCCAGACACACAGACACCUGCCCUAUGAGACACACUCAGCCAAUCACACAGUCCCAGACACACAGACACCUGCCCUAUGAGACACACUCAGCCAAUCACACAGUCCCAGACACACAACACGCGCACACACACACACACACACACACACAGUCCCAGACACACAGACACCUGCCCUAU